UGUGUUUGCAAAAUCACAAUUAACUCCGAUACAACUCCGUCCCCUCCCCGAAAACCCUAAGCUUGUCUCAUCAAAACCCUCGUCUAUCCUCUCGGUCCAUCUCAAGUCCGAAUGGCGAUGGAGGAAAAACCAGAAGAACAACCCUCACCUUCGAACAACAAACAGCAACCCGUUUUAUGCGAAGAGUGCAAAAUUAACCCAUCAAAGUAUAAGUGCCCAGGUUGCUCCCUGCGUACUUGUAGCCUUCCUUGCGUCAAUGCCCACAAGCAACGGACCUCCUGCACCGGCAAAAGACCCGUCACCAAAUUCAUCCCAAUUUCCCAAUUCGAUGAUAAUCUCAUUCUUUCAGAUUACAACAUGCUUGAGGACGUGAAGCGCAUUGCUGAUUCUGCUCAGAGGAUGAGAGUUAAGUUAUGUGGAUAUUCUUAUUUUAGGCUUCCGUUUCCCCUAAAAAUUCUUCGACGUGCUGCUGGAAGUCGCAGGACAAAACUACUAUUUCUUUCCAGUGGGAUGUCAAAAAGAGAGGCCAAUCAGACUUACUACAACAGCAGGAAGAAAUUUAUAUCAUGGACCAUUGAAUGGCGGUUUCAUUCAACUGAUGUUGUGCUGGUCGAUCAUGGAGUACACGAGGACACAACUCUUUCCUCCGUGAUCGAGAAGCAUCUAAAACCUGGUCCAUGGAAUCACUCAUUGAGGCCAUUCUGUGACCAGACCCUGGAUUCUCUCAAAUUUUUCAUCCGCAAGUAUCCGAAGGGGCCAAAAUCUCCAUUUCAACAACUAAACAUAAAGGCACCACUUCGUGAACAGUUAGCAAAUAUAGUUAUUUUGGAGUACCCUGUCAUCCAUGUCUUUUUACCCUCACACAGCUAUGAUUUUGAUGUAAUAAAAGAUGUCAGUCCAAGAAAAGUAGACAUUAAGGAGCCUGCUCAUCAUGAUUACCCAAUUCCAAAAGGUGUGACAUUUAGGGAGGAAGAAAUUGAAGAUGGAGAAUCUUCUGAUCCCCAUGUUUCAGAUCUCAUGAACGAUGCCUGUCAGAAGAUGGGAACUCAGGAAGAACCAAAAGAGUUGGUGCAGAGCCCAUCCACUGUCAAAGGGGUAAAGCGGGCCCCAUCAGUCUCUUGCAGUGAUACUCGCCUCAUGACAACUGAAGACAAUAAUAUGGGCAGCAAGUCCUGCAUUGAGCAAUUAGCUGAUGUUCCUGAUCUGGAUUUUGAUUUUGAUUUUGAGCCAGGUCUAAUUGACGUAUAUCCGGACCUUACUACAGAUGCCAAUGCUGAUGACUUUCUUGAUUUUGAUGGGUUAUUACCAGAGCAAAAGGAUCUGGAGGGUGGACUGUUUCUCGUGGAGGAAGAACUCGAGGAAGGAGAGAUAGCGGAAGUGGAUUAUUGAUAUCCUCGUUGCAGUCCUAUCGCGCUAAAUGCUGGUACGUCUUUGUCCAUAAAAAUCAUAUGGUUUUACAUGCAUUCUGGCUACUCCAAUGAACAAAGCUUGACUUGUGCUGAAAUGAAAGAUCAGUCCUAGCAUUUUGGUUAGCUGCAUAUGAUGAUGGCUUGGUGAAAGCCGUGUUCUUCCUCCUGCACCGUUGAUUAUGGAACCAUCAAAUUGUCUGCAAGCACUCUUAUUUCCUGUCACAAAUUCUUACGUCCCAGUCUUUCUAGCAUUGUCGGUAUUAUCUGUUUUCAUGUUAAGUGAAUAACAAUUUUGCAGCAAAAAUAGUAAAUGUAAGCUUCAAUAUGUGUAUAUUCUGGAGUCUGGUUGAUUUGUAGAAAUUUCACCUUCCAAAUCAGGAUUUGGCAGGGAAACCCUGGGACAAAGAUCAGGAUUCUAAGGCCUUUUCCUUUUACCAAAAAUUUAAAAAGAAUAUAA